CCACGGUGCCCGGCUCAGCCUGAAGCCCGAGACCCGGACCGACCCCCGGGGAGCCGGGAAAGGUCGCAGACCAAAAGCAGAGCACAUGGGGACGGCCUCGCUCCCGUCCUACUACGGAGGCCCCGGCCCCUUAAAACCUAGCAGGCCUCUCGGGCUAGCCUGCCCGUGGCCCCACUACACCGGGCUUAAUAUGGCCGCUCGCGCUGGGACUGGCCUGGUGUGCGGAGCCGGGCCAAAGUGAGGGCCAGGGACUGUUCCCGGCAUUCCUUGCGGGCGUGGCGUGGACUCUCGUCCACCAUCUCCAGGUCCCGCGAGAGGGAGACCCUCGGGCUUUGAGGUAAUAUGGCCCAGGGCUUGAUUGAGGUGGAGCGGAAGUUCGUUCCUGGGCCUGAAACAGAAGAACGGCUGCAGGAGUUGGGGGGCACCCUGGAGCACCAGGUCACCUUCCGAGACAGCUACUACGACACCCCUGAGCUGAGCCUCAUGCGGGCUGACCACUGGCUGCGACAGCGAGAAAAUAGUGGAUGGGAGCUCAAAUGUCCUGGAACAGCAGGUGUUUCAGAACCCCACGCUGAGUACAGGGAACUCACUGCUGAGCCUGCAAUUGUGGCCCAGCUCUACCAGGUGCUGGGGGCUGAGGCCCUGGGGGCUGAGGGUGUGACUGCUGUGCUGGGCCCACUGGGGCUGCAGGAAGUAGCUAGUUUUGUGACAGAUCGUAGUGCCUGGAAACUGGUGCUAUCCAGAGCUGAUAAAGAGGAGCCUCUGCUCACGGUGGACCUGGAUACAACGGACUUUGGCUAUGCUGUGGGUGAAAUAGAGGCCGUGGUGCAUAAAGAGGCUGAAGUCCCAGUUGCCCUAGAGAAGAUCAACAAGCUCAGCAGCAUGCUUGGUGUGCUGGCACAGGAGACACCACCUGCCAAGCUGAUCGUGUAUCUACAGCGCUUCCGGCCUCAGGACUAUCAGCGCCUGCUAGAAGUAUACAGCUCCAGAGAGAAGCUACAGGGGACUAAAGAUGCUGACAGUACCCUGGGCUAGGGUGUCACUUCAUCAACAACAGGAAGAAAACUGAGCCUAAUGGGGUUCAUUCCUUUGCUCACUGUGCCUGUCCCCAUGGCUUCCCUUCCCACAGUGACUCCUCUCACCAGCUCUGCCUGUUUCUUCACCCUACCCUUAGUUAUCCUUUGUGGAGCCCUCCCAGGCUGCCUCCUCUCCCUCAUCCGUCAGAUGCAAUCUGUGGGCCGCCCCUCUCCCCUGGCCGCUAAGCAGCCUCCAUUGAUUUCCGCUCGUGUUUAUAGGAUUUCCACUUAGCCAUGAUCAGUAGUUAAGCACAGGAAAAUCCCUUGCCACCCCCCCUCCCUUGGUCGAUGCCAUUGAUUCUGCCAGCGGCUCCUAAACCACCUUACAGCUGAGUUAGAGAUGAAGAGAGGCAGCAGGGAUUUCCCUACCUUGGGGUGUGGGGAAUAGCAGCAGGUUGGGGAAAUGGGUGAGAAUCCCUGUUGGAAAUCUAGAAAUUCUGGUUUGAUUUUGCCACUGUGCUCUGCUCUGGCCCAGAUUUUAGAGUGCCUCCUGUGGGGUCAGAUUUGUUCCCCAGACUGGAGAGGGUAGGGAAAACGCUCCUUUGUUGAAACAGGUUCCUAAGGCCAAGGGAAGAUACAUACUUCCUGUUUUCUACCUCAAAUAUAAACAAAUAUGACUUGC